AUGGUUGUGUGUCUGUUUGUUACAGUGUUCCCGAACGUGCCGCCGGCGCCGGGUAUGCCAUGUGCCGGGGAAGACACUAUAAAAUCAUUAUUUCAGCUAUUCUUCGAUAGAAGCAUCUACAGACGAGGAGCUAGACGAUGGAGGAAGCUUUAUAGAGUUAAUGGACAUAUAUUUCAAGCGAAACGGUUUAAUAGACGCGCCUUUUGUGCCUUCUGCCAAGACCGUAUCUGGGGUCUGGGCCGUCAGGGUUUCAAGUGUAUCCAAUGUAAGCUGUUGGUCCACAAGAAGUGUCAUAAGCUGGUGCAGAAGCCGUGCUCCAACGAGCACGUGGACCCCAUCGAGGUCAAGGAGGACGCGAACGGAGAGGGCACUCUUGGAUUACGGUCCUCUGUUAGAUCUCGAGCUGAUCCAGAACCCUUGCCGGAGACUCCGCCCGCGCCGGCCCCGGUCCGUAACGAGGACCUGGAGCCCGGCUCUCAGAGGCAGUACUCUCUGGAUGACUUCGAGCUGAUAAGAGUUAUCGGGAGAGGAUCAUACGCUAAGGUGCUCAUGGUUGAAUUGAAGCGAACGAAACGCGUGUACGCCAUGAAGGUGAUCAAGAAGGCUCUAGUGACUGAUGAUGAGGAUAUCGACUGGGUUCAGACAGAGAAGCACGUGUUUGAAACAGCCUCCAACCAUCCGUUUUUGGUGGGGCUACACUCCUGCUUCCAAACUCCUAGCAGACUGUUCUUCGUCAUAGAAUUCGUUCGCGGAGGAGAUCUUAUGUUCCACAUGCAGCGUCAGCGCCGUCUGCCCGAGGAGCACGCUCGUUUCUACGCCGCCGAGAUCUCUCUGGCGCUGCACUUCCUUCACGAGCGAGGGGUCAUCUACCGUGACCUUAAACUGGACAACGUACUGCUCGACCAUGAGGGACACAUCAAGCUUACUGACUACGGCAUGUGUAAGGAGGGAGUUCGUCCUGGAGAUACGACGUCUACAUUCUGCGGAACACCUAACUACAUAGCGCCAGAGAUCCUCAGGGGUGAGGAGUACGGGUUCUCAGUGGACUGGUGGGCGCUAGGGGUGCUCACGUACGAGAUGCUGGCCGGGAGGUCGCCCUUCGACAUCGCACACGCCGCUGACAACCCUGACCAGAAUACUGAGGACUACCUCUUCCAAGUGAUCCUCGAGAAGACGAUCCGUAUCCCUCGCUCGUUGUCGGUGAAGGCUGCGUCCGUGUUGAAGGGCUUCCUCAACAAGAGUCCCGUGGAGAGGCUCGGCUGUGGAGACAACGGCUUCUUGGACAUCGUCAACCAUCCAUUCUUCAAGAGCAUCGAGUGGGAAAUGUUGGAACAGAAGCAGGUUGUGCCGCCGUUCAAGCCGCGCCUGGAGGGGGAGAGGGACCUCGCCAACUUCCCGCCGGAGUUCACCGACGAGCCCGUGCACCUUACGCCCGACGAUCACACGGUGAUCGCGGACAUCGACCAGUCCGAGUUCGAGGGCUUCGAGUACGUCAACCCGCUGCUGAUGUCGCUCGAGGACUGCGCGCACGGGUACGUGGCGGAGUCGUCGUCGUCUGACUACGACUCGGUGUGCUCGGAGUUGCCGCGCAAGCCCACGCUGCUGCAGCACAUGUUCUGUCUGCCGCUCAACUGA